GUGGUGGGCGGAGCCUGCUGGAGCAGCAGCAGAGCGGAGUCGGUAUCCAGGCAGCUGCUCUCUCUCCGCCUCUCUGCUCUGUGACAGCCAGCUAGGCUAGCUGGUAAACAACACCGCAAAGCACCGCCUGGGAGUCGGACAACCGAGUGACUGAACACGCGGUUGUUUUUACUAACAGUGUUCGUGUCCGCCGCUAAUCUUCUGUUCAUCUCCUCUAACGGUACCCGGCUGGUGUUGAUGUGGAGGAUCGUCUCUGCAGCCCGGUGAGGGAGACUCUGAGCUGCCUCCUGAUGAGCUAACCGCUCAGCUGUCCUCACACACAGCAGACACCUUCUCACUGAGACCUCAGUUGCUGUCUGGUGUCGGAUGUCUCGUCGCCUCCCUCUGAGGUCGGAGGCCAGCCGGAGUCGGGAGGUGGGUCCGCAGCGGCAGUGAUGCGGGCUUCAGUGGCAGGCUGCAGGAUGAGCGUGGGCGCGCUCCUUAACGGGCUGCUGGUCUCCGUGGUCGCAGCUCUGCUUUGGAAGUACUCCAAGCUGAACGAGCACGCCACCCUGCUGGAGGAGGAGCUGCACAUGACCCGGCAGUCCCAGGAGCUCUCGCAGGCCCGCAUCGACUACCACGUCGCCCUGCAGGCUCUUCAGGAACACGGCACCCGCAUGGUCUGCACCGGCAAGAUGCACACCGACCGCAUCUGCCGCUUCGACUACCUCUGCUACUGCUCCGAGGCCGAGGAGUUUGUGUUCUUCCACUCCAAUUCCUCCGUCAUGUUGCCGAACCUGGGGUCGAGGCGCUUCCAACCUGCCCUGCUGGACUUGUCCUCAGUAGAGGAUCACAACACCCAGUACUUCAAUUUUUUAGAGCUCCCAGCUGCUGCUUUAAAGUUUAUGCCUAAGCCCGUGUUCGUGCCAGAUGUGACACUGAUCCUAAACCGGUUUAAUCCAGACAACCUAAUGCACGUGUUCCAUGAUGACCUGAUCCCAGCCUACUACACCAUGAAACAGUAUUCAGACUUAGAUGACGAGGCGCGUUUGGUUUUUAUGGAGGGCUGGGGUGAAGGCCCACACUUUGACCUCUACCGACUCCUCAGCAGCAAGCAGCCACUGCUCAAAGAACAGCUCAGAAACUUUGGCAAGCUCAUGUGUUUUACCAAAUCCUACGUUGGCUUGUCCAAGAUGACCACCUGGUACCAGUACGGAUUUGUUCAACCGCAGGGGCCCAAAGCCAACAUGCUGGUCUCAGGAAAUGAGAUCCGGCAGUUCGCCAGGGCUCUGAUGGAGAAAAUGAACAUCACAAAGGCGGAGGAGGUGGAGAAGGAUGGAGGGAGUAGCGAGGAUGAGAAAAAGGAGGAAUACGUUGUUGUGUUUAGUCGCUCGACAACAAGGCUGAUACUGAAUGAAGCGGAGCUAAUCAUGACGCUGGCCCAGGAGUACCAGAUGCGAGUGGUCACAGUAAACCUAGAGGACCAGACUCUCCCCAGUAUCGUCCAGGUGAUCAGCGGUGCUUCCAUGUUAGUCAGCAUGCACGGAGCUCAGCUCAUCACCUCGCUCUUCCUCCCCAGAGGAGCUGUCGUGGUGGAGCUGUUCCCCUUCGCUGUAAACCCGGAGCAGUACACCCCGUAUAAAACCCUAGCCACCCUUCCGGGCAUGGACCUCCACUACGUCUCCUGGAGGAACACCAAGGAGGAGAACACCAUCACCCACCCAGACCGACCCUGGGAACAAGGGGGCAUCGUUCACUUGGAGAAGGAGGAGCAAGAGCGAAUACUGGCGAGCAAAGACGUCCCCAGGCACCUGUGCUGCCGCAACCCAGAGUGGCUCUUCCGGAUCUAUCAGGACACUUUGGUGGACAUCCCUUCCUUCCUGGAAGUCCUUAAAGAGGGCAUGAAGACAAAGCCCAGCGUGAAGAAGUCAAAGCCGGCCAGCACAGUCCACCCGGGCCGGGUCAGGGAGCCCCAGUGUCAGACCUCGGUACAAACCACCAAUGAGGCUAAACUCACAGUGUCCUGGCAGAUCCCGUGGAACCUCAAAUACCUGAAGGUGAGAGAGGUGAAGUACGAGGUGUGGAUCCAGGAGCAGGGAGAGAACACCUACAUGCCUUAUAUCCUUCCCCAGCAGAACUACACCUUCUCAGAGAACAUUAAGCCCUUCACCACCUACCUGGUGUGGGUCAGGUGUAUCUUCAACAAGAACCUCCUGGGCCCCUUCGCAGAUGUUCUCACGUGCAGGACCUAGUACCAGUUUGUCGCUGUGGCAUUUUACGCAAAGGUUGAGUCAUCCAGACAAUCAAAUUGGAACAGUGAUUUGUCCAGUGGGGGGUUGGCAAAUGUGAUUAUCUCUACAAUCCGAGAACAGGCCACUGAACUCUUGCACAGUCAUGUUUCCGUGACCGGCACAGACAACAUGGAGACUUCUGGAAGAACUGCAAAAAGACUUGAACCAAAGGGAUAGAACUCAACAGCCCUUAAUGAAUGGAAAGUAUAUUUCCUAUACCUAUGAAAGAAAGAAAGAAAGUGCUAAACCACGUCUCUAGUGAAAAUACCAGAAUUCAAAUCAGCAGAUUUAUUUAUGUGCAAAUAAUAUAUAUAUAUAAAACAUGUUUUUUUAGUAUUAGUCAAAACCACUGGUUCUUUACCUUUUACAGUAUGCAAUAUAGCUUUUCUGUGGAGAGCGAGAAAGAUUUUAGAAUAGCAAGAUUUUUAAUGUUUUCUGACUUGUCCAGUGUCUACUGUGUGUGUGUGUGUGUGUGUGCGUGCGUGUGUGAUGCCUGUGUGGCUUAGUUGAUCUACCAGUUGUUUGAUUACAUACACCGUUAUUUGCAGAACCUAGCCAAAACCAAAGCAACAUUUCCCAUCAUUCAUGCCAUAUUAAUUUUCUCAUGUUCUCUCAUAUUUGCUCAGAUUUAUACCGUUUUAAACCUCAUCUCUAAAGACAUUGUGUACAAGAAGUGUUAAGUGAGAGUUUUCAUGAACGUUUUUUGACCCUGAAAGCAAAGAGAUGUGUAAUUUCAUCUUCUGGAGCAUUUUUGUGAUGAAAGACGCUGCUCUUUAACAGCACUGUCUUUAAGUUGUUCCUUUACGUGUUAUAAAUAUAUAUAUAUAUAUAUAAUUACACAAGUGUUCCCACAGAGCCCAGCCACAAAUAAUUUACAUCCAUUUUCCUGCAUGAAUAAAUGAUUUUUUUCUCUAAUUGGCACUAAUUGCAACUGUAAUAAUUAUAAUUUCUGUGGAGAGCGAAUCCAUUACGCCAGGCUUUAAUUAGUGUAGCAGCAGUUUGCUGCUGGACAGUCGGAUUUUACGGCAUUUUCAUUAAGAUAACAAGGUAUGUUGCUGCUUGGGAUUCCACUGCCUUGUGUUAAUUAAAAUUUAAUUCCCCAGCCAUGUGCGUCUGUACUUUCCUCAAAGGUUUUGUAGCUGUUAAGAAUAAUGUUGAAUUUUAGAUUGGAACAACAGACAUCCAAAUUUGGCUGUUGGAGUUGUUUUUUCAUGUUUCUAAUGAAGUGCUGCUUGUUGGUAGCUAGACUGCAAACAUAUGUUGAUUUUGUUUUUAGACACUUGAAUUGGAGGUGUUAGUAUGUGGUAGUAGAGCUGUAGCAAGAGAUGGUUUAUAGAAUGGCAUGGAAUGGAAAGUUAAAACACUGCCACCAACACAUUGUGUGAUAUUGUGCCAUUGUUACGACCGUGUCAUGUAUUUUUUUUCUUGUACUUUAUGAGCAGUGUGUUCUCACUCCCAACUCGUCAGCUUUGUCAGUAGCCCUAUGUGUCCAAACUAUGUGCAGGGCUGCCUCUAGUGGCCGUAGUAAUUAUGACGGGAGUAAAGGAGGAAGUCAGGGGAUGUAAUAUAAAGAACGACAAAGUGAAAAGUCUCCCUCCGACAUCUUUUCGGAACCCUAACAGUAGCUAAUGUGUGUCAGAUAGUCCUACUUGGACAAAGUCAGCGUAGGGAGGAGUGGAUGGACGGGUCAAACAAACACAGGACUUUUACCCGUGAGUCCGCUGUUCAUGUCCCAUGUGAAACCAAGUCAACGUUGACUUAUUUUAGUCUACGUAUGUAAGUAAGUUAACUAACGUAACGUACUUAACUUACGAACGCAACUUAAGUUACGUAACAAACAUACUUAUUUUAACCCAAACCGUGAUAUUUUCCUAAACCUAAAGUGGUUUUGUUUGAAUUCGGACUUCGAAUUCGAAAACUUGUUUGAAUUGGACUACCCUGCAUGUCGAAAAAGGACACUAAAAGGGUACUCAUUGCAUUAAAAGGUGACAUUAAUGGGUACCCAGUGAAGGGGUACCCAGUGCAUUAAAAGUGUCGCUAAGGGGUCCUGACCAAGCGUCCGUAUGUGACGAGUUGGGAGUGAGAAUGUGAAGCUAUGACCAAUCCUCUAAACAUGACAUUUCCCUCUUUGUAAUAUUUGACUGCUGGCCACUAUGAAGAUCAUUUCCUUUACCUGAGACCUUAAAUCUUUUGUUUUCAGUUUCCCUGAUGUCUUUUUUCUAAAGUUCUCAGAUGCAGUUCUGUUUGCCGAUGCAUGUUUAAGAGAUUAUUUUGAAGCCAUCGUUGUGUGCGCAGGAUGUGAUGGAUUAGAUGUGUAUGUGUUCGUAUUGUUAGUUAGACUUGUGUGUGCCCCCGUCCCACCUCAGUGGAGACAUCCUACUGUACUAAGUGAAAUGAGAGAGUACAAGUCUCUGUUUUCUACAUUAGCAUAAUAGUUGGAGUUUCUUUUUAAGUGACUGUGAUUGAAUAAAGAAGCUUAUUUCUUACAGUA